CAAAGUCCAACAGGCGUGCCAGGCUUUGAUAACACGUUAACAUGACGGUACACCUUUUCAAAACAAGAUGAAAUUGUGGUUAUUAAGAAAAAUGAUAAACAAAAUAUCGAUUUUAGAUGCCAUUAUCCGAGACAGACCUACCAUUGAUUGUCCUGCACUAUUUGAUGUGUGGCACUGAAGACUGUAAACAGAAGUGUCAGUUUUACUGCAGUUCUUGUCAUCGACCAAUGUGUGAACAAUGCGGAGACGAACAUCAGAAGAGUCCAGAUACCAAGAACCAUGAACUGGUCCCUUUUAGACAACCCAAACGGCAUCUUCCUGUGGAGAAAUGCAAAGAACACCCGACCAAGGAGAUAGACAUGAUCUGUGAGGACUGUCAUAUUCCAGUAUGUUCCAAAUGUGCAAUGCAAGACCAUAGAAAACACGCCCUAAACGAUUUACAGACAGUACAUUCAAAGAAUUUCACGCUUUGCUUAGAUAAUAUCAAUAAGAUUCAUCAGUAUUUUAUCUCAAAUUCACAAAAUACGCAGAAAGAUAUAAAAGAAAAUGUAAAACAAAUAAAGGAAAUCAUUGAUAAUGUAAGAAGGUCACUGAUGACAGAAGCCGAAUCUAUGAAACGUCUGGUUGAUACACUGACGUCAGAUAAUAUAGAACAAGUCAACGAAAUGGAAGAGUCACUAAUGGAGGAGCUUCAAAUUGAGGACAAAACUUAUCAAGAUUACAUUUCCUAUCUUGAAGACCUUGUCAAAGAAUGUCAUGUUUACAUGUCUUCCACUAAACUUUAUAACAAUCCAAUAUUUUUUUCCCUUUCGAACCAUCUCAAAAUCCAACCCAUACCAGUGACAGUCAAACCAGUCCCUCCAGUAUUUACUGCUGGUCAAUACAGCAAGAAGGGUGUCGCCAAACUACUGGGUAGAGUAACUGUUCCUGACACUAAACCAAGAAUCAGAAAGAUAAAACCCAUGGAGACUGCCCCUACAAAGUAUAAUUUAGACAAUUGUUCUUUAUAUUUAACGGUUCUCUUUUGUAUACUGUAUAUUUUAUUUAUGCAAUAGUAAGAUCAUAUAAAGAGAAAUCUUCGUAAUGAAGAAUGGGCGGAGUGGAGCAAAGCGUAGCGUAGCCCAUUCUUUAUUACGAAGAUUCUUACUGUCUUAGAACAGAACCCAGCCAAUCAAAUCAAAGUCUUGAAAAUAAACUCCUCCCACAUGACUGUCAUACUUGUGUCACGGUUGAAUAAAGGUUACAAAGUUCAUUGAACAAAGUGAACACAAUUUUCGUGCAAUUCGAGCACGUUCUUUUUGUAUAAUGGACGUUCGACCAAGCCAGGGUAGUGUAGAGAUGGAUUUAAAGGGCGUUGAU